AUGGAAUUGGAGCAUUUUAAUAUUUACAUAAACAGAGUAGAUAGCAGAGAUGAAAAAAUUUAUUACAUAAUUUUAGUUAACUACAAAGAUCUUAAAUAUGAAGUAAGCCGACGGUACAGUGAAUUUGAAAAUUUGCAUUGUGAAUUGAUACAUUUGGGAUAUUCAGCUUUACCAAAUUUACCCAAAAAAAAAUUAGUGUCUUAUAAUAAUCAUGAAUAUAUAAAUUAUAGGAAAAGAAUAUUGAAUAAUUAUAUCCAAGAUUUAUUUGUUAGAGCAGAUAUAAGAUGUUGUGCAAAAUUUUUAAAUUUUAUUUUAUUUUAUGACAAAAUAAAUUUAUCAAUAGAUAUUGUUAAAACCAAAUUAUUAAAUAGUGUAGGCCCCCAAAAAUAUUCCUUAAGUGAUUUAUAUAUUAAUGAAAAAUAUAAUUUUAUAAUAUGUGUAUAUGAAGAUAAGAGCAAUUUUAGUAAAUUAGGAAAACUAUGGUCAAUAAUAGAACCUGAUAUGAUUGGAGAAAUUAAAGUAUUUACAUAUAAUAAUGAUCUUACUUCAACAUUUGUUGAAACACAUAAAGAACGAACUAUAUAUAAAGCAGGAAAUAUUAUAUGGUCAGAAAAAAAUAAUGAAGUUAUUAUUUCUGGAGAUGAUGGAAAAAUACAUAUAUAUCAAAUAAAUUUAGAGUUAUUAAUUUUAACAUAUAUCAAAAGUAUUCCUUGUCAUAAUGAUACUAUUUUAAAAAUGUGUUCAAUAAAUGAUAACUUUUUCUGUACAUGUGGAUAUGAUAAUGCUUUUAGAAUAAUCGAUUUAUGUGAGUAUAAAAUAUUAAGUGGUGGAAGAUGUAAUAAAAGAUUAGAUAAUGAUAAAAUAACUACUUGCCAUUUGUUUCAAUGUAAUAAUCUUGUUAUAGGUACAAAUAAUUCCUUAUUUUUUAUAUAUAAUAUGGGUUUUAAUCCUCCUAUUUAUUUAGAUACAAAAAAGUUAAAAAAUGGAUAUAAUAUUAAGUGUUUUACUAAUACUGAAAAAUACAUAUUUAUUGGUUAUGAUAAUAUAAUUGCUUGUUACAAUUAUCAAUAUGUUAAUGAAGUUAAAUCCACAAAUAGUGUCGAGAUAAGUAGUGAACAUAAAACGGGAAACGACAACAAAGGUAAUAUUGUUAAUGCACCUCAGGGUACUAUAAUUAUGGAAAAUAAACGCAACGAUUCAUAUCCUAUAAAUAAUUAUAAUAUAAGUGAACCUAAAAAUAUUACAAAACUAGUUAUUGACAAUAAUAUGUGUGCACAAUAUAUACCCCCAUUAUUAUACGAUAAUAAUGUUUUAUCUUUAAGUGUAAAUAAAGAUAAAAAGAUAUUAUAUGCAGGAUAUGAAGAUGCAAUUAUUAUUUGGUCAAUAACAACUGGAUUGAUAAUUUCUUCGUUUCAUGCACAUUCAAAUGGAGUUCACUUUUUAAAAUUUAUGUACAGUUCAGAAUUAUUACUAUCAGGGGGAAAUAGCGGAAAUUUAAAAAUUUGGAAAAAUGACAUAGAUAAUUUUGAAAUAUGGAAACCACAAAAAAAUAAAACAAAAUAUACACAAGAAAAUUAUCGAGAAUAUGAUAAAAAUAAAAAAAAUAAUAGAUUUGAGCAAAAUCAAUUUUAUUUUGAUGAAAGUGAUAAUAAUAGUAAUUGUGGUUAUUAUAGUACCCAAAGCGAUUCGAGAUCAAUUGAUAAUCUUUUAGAAGAAACAAAUAAAAAACAUGAGUAUAAUGCACUUGAUACAUCGAAUUAUAAAAAAAAUAUAGUCAAUUAUAAUGCGCCAACAAAAGAAAAUAUUAUGAAAUCAUCUCAAAGUAAUAUUUUUUAUGAACAAAAUACAAAUUCGUUAAAUGAAUUAACUUCAGAUGUUACUAAUUUGGAUAUUUGCAUAAUUACGAAUAAAAAUGAAAAAACAAACUUUAGCAAUAUUAGAGGUUGUUAUGAUAAACAAGAAUUUACUGACUAUUACUAUAAUAAGGAUAUAAAUAAUUCUUCAAAAAUGGGCAAUAUAAAAUAUAUUUCACAAAAUGGCGCUUCUUCAUAUAAUUAUAUAACCCAAGAAAAUGAAAUAAAAAAUUAUGACAUAUAUCCGAAUCAAUAUGAUCGUAAUAGUGUGGAAUAUGAUCAUAAUAUUGAUCUUCCAACUUUUGAUCAAAAUAUCAAUCUUAAAGAUAAUAUCCCACAUAACUCUAACUCUGCAACUGUAAAGAACUAUAAUUACAAUACUAAUAAUUCCCCAAUUAAAAGCAAUAUACAAUUAUAUAAUACUGAUUCGACUCUUGUUAUGGCCAAUAUAAAUGAAAAUGACGAAUCUUAUAAUUUAAAGAAAAAUAUAGUUUAUGUCACUGAUGAUGACGAUGACUUAAUUUCAGCUUUUAGAUAA